AUGGUGGCAGUUGCUCUCCACAAGAAGGUCUUCCACAUACAAAUAAUACAUACCGCUCGAGACAUGGUUUGGGUAGACUCGUCGCCGACGUUACAGGCUCCAUACGUUGAGCAGGAGCACCCCUUGUCUAUCAUUUCUAUACCGCAUUCACCGUUGUACGUGAUUUUAACCAAGUCAAGUAUAUCAGUGUACCACCAGUACACUCUUUUACCGCUUAAAUCCCACACAAGAACCAAGGAAUCUCUAGAUUUACAUGGCUCCAAUUUGUCAUGCAAGGCCCAGUACUACUCGGUCAAUUCUGCAAAGCUUCAGGAAGCUAACCACAUAAAUAUCUUCGUCAAGACUUCCAGCACUCACUUGAUCAUUUAUCUGAUUGAGGUCAACUACAACAGAUCGUUCUUUCAGAUUUUGGACUCCAAAUCCGAUGAAAUACUCCAAUUGGGAUUACCAUUGAUCAAUACAAUUUCCCUGUUCUCCUUAUCAAAUUUGCUAAAAAGUGCAACCAGAAGUAUCAUAACUGGAGGAGACCACAUGCAGGGCUUGGAGAACAUAGAGCAUAUCAAUAACCACGAGGCAGAGGACGAGGCUAACAAUUUCCAAGUGCCGUACUUAAAGCUAUCUAUUCAUAAGAUUUUGAAGGUUUCGAUUGGGAUAGAUACAUUCUGGUUGAAGAACAAUUCCCAUAACUUGUUUAUUUUUAAAAAUGGCGAGUUGCAGAUAAUUAACGUCAAGCUGUUCAACAACGACGUAUACCGGUUUGACGAGUUCGAAUGGUACAAAAGUGAGACAGAUUCACCAGUAACUUAUGUACAAUACAACGAAUGGUUCAAUUAUUUCUUGUUUACCAACGAAGUGGGUGACAUUUGGUACAUGUCCUUUAAUAACGAAAACAAGCUCCAGGGUUACAAAUUAGGGGACAAAGUUAUCCAGCAGAGAAGGAUCUCGAUUCAGUUCAACCCGCAGAUUAAUAUCUUCAUCCUUCAGAGAAUUGAUGCUGACUCUACUGACUCUGUUCUCAGCUUGUUUCGUGUAGAGUCAUUUGAUCGUGCCAGACUUACUCUUAUAAAAUCUGUGGCAAUCCCAUAUACAAACAAACAGACGCAUUUAACUUCAAAAACACUUGACACUCAUAGUGGAUCACCUGGUAUGAUUGUUCACUCCAUUAAUUGGUCGCCUUGUGGAGAGUUUUUCACUGUAGUAAUUGACCACCAUUGGCUCAUAUUUUCUAAAUUUGGAAAUUGCACUUUCAACUCAGGCGAGAUCUCAAAGGAGUUGACUUUUGAAGGUGGCCACGAUGGCAACAGUACAGGUCCUACUUCCAUCAAUUCAGAUUUUAGGUUUUUGCAUCCAUCGGAGGUUUUGAUCACUCCUAACUCCAAAAAUAUAAUCUUAAUUGAUUCCAGCAAUACGACAGUGUAUCUGAUAGACUUACUCACCUUGACGAAUAAUUCUGACCGCAAUGAUGAUAACUCAGGUAUUGACUUGAUAUUUGCAAGCAACGAUUACCUCAGUUUAUAUAACAACGAAAAGGGGAUAUCUACCUUGUACAAAUACCCCAUUUUACCCCAUUUCAAAAAUAUAAUACGAAAAAUGAGCCAUCAAUGCGCAAUUGGAAGAGGUAGGGGAGUAGUUAAUUCUGGAUUAAUUGGUAAAAAUUGCUUACCAGCAAAGCUUACUAUUGCAUCUAAUAGUAGUAAUCAAAUCUCAAUUUCAUAUGGAGAUAAAAUCUCCUUAUCCACCCCAUACUCAACAAACCCUAUUCCUGGAGAUGUGAACCAUAUCCUUUGGUUUAAUUUCAAAAACUACUUUAUGGAAACUAUGAACAUUAUUGACCAUUUUUGGUACCAGAAUUAUUUGAUAUUGAUCAAUAGAAGCUAUAAUAAUAGUGAAGAUGAAAAGACAGAAAAUGGAACAGAAAAUGUAAAUAAACUAACAGAUGAAAUUAUUAUUUUGAAUUGUUCUUCGACAAGGUAUGGAAAUGGUGGUAUUAAUGUGAAAUUUGAUAGUGAUUUAAUCAUUUGGAGAUACAAUUUAAAGCAAUCAAUUAUCUGCCAUCAAUUCCAAAGUAACGAAAGUAAUUUCUACAAUUCUGGAGCAGAAUCGAAUACUGAAGAGUCAGAUUUAAAUGGCCAUGAUUUAUCAGAAAUUAAUGGCAACCGUAAUGGCAGCAAAGAGGAAACAUCUGGUCAAAAUUUAUCGGAUAAUUUAAUAGUUGUAACGAACGAGUAUAAAAUCAUAAUAUUCAAAUUUACAUUUUCUAAGCAAAAGGUCAAAAGAUCACCUCAGCUUUUUAUUGGGAUCAACAAGACAAUAUAUUUGAAGACAAUUGCACAAAAAUUAUUGAUAAACAACAUUUCCCAAAUUAACUUGAUAGAUAACAAACACUUCUUAAUAUUACUUAACACGGGAGAAUUCUAUAUCCUCAAAAAUCAAGUUGAAGAUCCCAAGGUUUACGACUUAAUAUUGCUUAAUAAUUGUGUUGAUUUUUUCAAAUUCAAAAGCAUAUUUCAUCAACAAUAUAUGUAUUUAUUUACUGGUUCGUCAAUCUUGGUUUAUACGCUAAGAGAUAUUAUCAAUAGCUCACUGAAUACUUUGGUGUAUCCAAUUGUCAUCAAAUUGGAUGAGUAUUUCCAGCCGUUGACGAUUCAAUUAUCAACAGGCAAAUCUAUCAAUUUACUUGGUUUGGAAAAUUUUGCCAGCUAUAAGAAUAAAUAUUUGAUGCUCAAAACUAGAAUUAACCAUAAGCUCAUCUUGAACAACUUUGUUGAAUCUGAUAUUAUCAAGAACAAAGGAAAUAAAAAUGUUCUUGCAGUGUUUUCUAAGUAUGAAAGAUUUUCAAACUUCCAUUAUUGUUUGGAGUUACUUUUAUUCAAAUAUUUGACUAACUUGGACAAUGAGUUGGUCCUGUCAUCAAUGUCGCCAUCACCAGCACCAUCCGCAGAGAAUGAGGUCUAUUCUUCUGGAGGAAGUGUUCUAAAGUUACUCAUACACGUUAUCGACUCACAAAGUGGAUCAUCAUCAGAGUCAAUUUAUAUCAACUGUUUGAGGAAAAUAGAGGUGGGCUUCUGGCACAAAUUCUUUGAUACUUUGCAAACCACUCCAUUGAAGUUUAUGAACAAAUUGAUCUCAAUUGGGGAAGUUGAAUUAUGUUACAACUAUUUAAUCAUUUACCUUAAUUUCAAGAAGGAGUACGAAGUACCAGUGGCAGGAAAUGGAAAAGUUCAGCUUCUUGAUUCACAGGACAAGCAAAUCAUACUAUCGAUUAUCAAAAUGUUGGAUACGGCCAAGAAAUGGGAUUGGUGCUUUGAGCUUUGUAGAUUUAUUAAAUUGCUUGAUCCGUCGAGUGAAUUACUUAGACUUAUUAAAAAGGAAGUUGACGUAUAG